AUGCCUCAAUCGCGCGUCUCUGCCUUCACAUCCGCAGUUGGCUCCGUGGGAGGGCGCGAUGGCCUAGCGGCGGUCAUCGCGACGCUAGAGCUCAUCUCAACUACCUCAAGCCUUGUGUCCGCCGUCCCUUGCUUUGGGGUGAUCGUCAACUGUGCGCUCGGUCUGGCGAGAACGAUAGAUAACAUGUCGACGACGUCACUAGGUUACACGCGUCUCGCGGUGUGUGCGGCGGAGCUGUCAAUACACAUCGAAAACGCAAUAGACUAUGACACCGCGGCGAUCGACGGACCACUGAGGGUGAGCCUCACUGAACUUCAAAUGCUGCUCUCUCGAAUAGUCCGAGAGGUGGACAAGCACCUCAAGAAGAGCCGCCUAAAUCGCUUCUUGCACCAGUCGUCGAUCGCAGAAACUUUGGACGACUAUAUGAGCGAGCUCGACACUGCGUGGCGAUCCUUCGACACCGCCUGCUUGAUCGCGCUGCGGAUGAAAUUCGAGCGACAAUCUCUGUACGACGAUCGAUCACAGGUGGGAACAUAUUUGACCACUGCGACUCUUCCGCUGGAGCGAUAUCCGGAAGACGAAGGUGCGGGGGAACUUGAUCUCUGUGCCCUGGUGAAAUACCACCCAAACGUGUGCGUUUCCAUCUUCUUACUCGAUGUGCACAUGAGAUUGACAACAUCGACUGUUAGACAACAUCCAAUGAUCACUCAAAUUAUCGGUCAUUCCCACCCCUCCCUCGCAGAGCGGUUUUACGUUAUGGAGACAGGUAAGCUUCUUUGA